CUACAGGCGCCAUUGUGUGCAGCUCUCUGAGGCUCUGUCAGGAUCCCCCGCAGCAUUCUGGGCUCGCAAUUCUCUCUAAAAGGUUGAGAGAGCUGAGGGUGUUCAGCCUGGAAAAGAGAAGGUUCCAUGGAGACUUUCGACCCCCUUCCUAGUGCCUAAAGGGGCUCCAAAAGAGCUGGAGAGGGACUUGGGAUAAGGACAGGGGAAUGGCUUCCCACUGACAGAGGGCAGGAUUAGAUGGGAUACUGGGAAGCCAUUCUUGGUUGUGAGGAUGGUGAGGCCUUGGCACAGGUUGUCCAGUGAGGCUGUAGUUGCUGCACCCCUGUGAGUGUUCAAGGCCAGGCCAGGUUGGACAGGGCUUGGAGCAACCUUGGAUAGUGGAAAGUGUCCCUGCCCAUAGCAGGGUGGAACUGGAUGGUCUUUAGGGUCCUUCCCAACCCAAACCAUUCUGUGAUGAAAAGAAGGUUACAAAUGGACACAGGUCUGUAGGAAACCCCUCACUGGUUUCACCACUCACAACACAACCUCUCAGCUUGCCAGUGCAUCUGCUCAGUCAGAAAACCAGCACUUUGUCUGGAGCCCAUAAAUACUGGAAUUAAAUAACCAUUGAGGCUUAUGGUGGACCAGCUCCACAUCAUUAGUCCCACACCACAGUCCUCAUGUGUGAGGAUACAGAUUUGGUGUUUGAAGGAGCCCGUGGUGGAUGGAGGAUGUGGGAGCACAGGAAGCUCACAUCAAGAGUGCUACCAAGUGCAGAGAGCAUCUCACAUGGAUUUUGUGAGGUGGAUGUGACCCUCUCUGUCCCUGGAGUACAUGGUGUCACCGCAGGUGACUGCAGUAGACAAACUCCAAAUGUCAUGUACUGAUGUCAUUGCAGUACAAAAAGUGCAAGUGAAUUCUAAUUUAGAAGCCAAAAUGGAGGUCUUAAUGCCUGAACCUCAGAUUUAUGUGGAAAGAACUCUGGCUAUCAUCAAACCAGACAUCAUUGAUAAAGAAGAAGAAAUAGAGGAUCUCAUUCUCCGAUCAGGAUUCCACAUUAUUCAGAAAAGGAAGCUCCAGUUAAGCCCUGAGCAAUGUAGCAACUUCUACGCAGAGCAAUUUGGAAAAGUGUUUUUUCCUAAUUUAACAGCCUAUAUGAGUUCUGGUCCUAUAGUUGCUAUGGUACUUGCUAGAAAUUGUGCAGUGUCAUACUGGAAGGAAUUGCUUGGACCAACCAACAGCCUAAGAGCUAGGAUAACUCACCCUCACAGCUUAAGAGCACUCUAUGGGACUGAUGAGCUGAGGAAUGGACUCCACGGCAGCCUCAACAUCUCCUCAGCAGAGAAAGAAAUUCGAUUCAUAUUUCCAGAAGCAAUCUUGGAGCCAGUUCCCACUGGACAAAGAGCUCGGGAUUACCUGAACCUGUAUGUGAAGCCCACGCUGCUGGCAGGACUCACUGCCCUGUGCAAAGAGAAGCCAGCAGACCCCAUGAUUUGGCUUGCUGACUGGCUGGUUGAACACAAUCCUAAUAAACCUAAACUACAAUAUCGCAUCUCUCAGUAAGAGCAUCGGCAGUGAGAGCUUGGUGGAAACCAUCUCACACGUUGCAAGUUACAGCUGUGUAUUGUCAUUUUUGGUGUGUCCUUUGACUAUAUAACCAAUACUAUCUAAAGUAAAUGCAUUUGUCUUAACUACUUGUGUCCUCAUAGGAUAAAUAACCUUACACUUAACCAGGAUGUAGUGGUUCUAGUACCUCCUCUACUGACAAAGUGAAUGUACAAUUACACAAUAAAUUUUUGGCAUUGGGUGAUAAGAAAAAAAAAGAAUAUUCUGAGUGGGUGUGACUUAUUGCUGUUGUCCAUGUUUUUCUUGGUUUGGCUCUGUGGGAGAACAAAAUCAUUUACAGCAGUGUGGAUUACCAAAUUAAAUCCCCCUGGCCUGUGCUUUGCGAAGCCAAGGGUUGUGUUCCAGCAAUUUUUUAGCAUAAACUCUAAAUGAAGGGAGGUACUUGGAUAUAAUGAAGAAAACAAUUACUGGAGGCGUAUUAGCAACUUUGGAAUUUUAAUUGCUGAUUAAAUCACCCAGCUGAGGUUGUUCUUGAAGAUGAUUCACUUAAGUCUGAUGUAUUUUGUCAGAAUAUAAUUUGAAGGACUCAUUUGAAGGUACAUUCAAUGCACCUUUCCCAUCUUGGUGGCAAAAAGCUCAGCGACUAUAAAUAACAUGAAGAUGUAUUUUAGUCAAGGACUAAGGUUGUCUUCCAACAUAUGUUUGCAAUAAAGGUACUUAGUUGGAACAGCUCACCUUAGGAGUUUUUCUGUGUUCUUCUGCUCUUAAAGGUAUGCAAAUUUCUGUAAUUUUCCUCAAACUUUCAUGUGUUCUGUUGAAGAAUUUCACAAGAGUGCUCUUCCACAGGCAAUGGGUUAAGCCUACACUAUUGCCUUUUAUGAAGCAACUAAAUUCUUUUUGGGGAUGUGGGCCUUUUUAAUUUUCUUCAAAGAGCUGUACUUGUUAACUUCAAGCUUUGUAUCUUAUGGAUUGACUGGCUAUAAUGAAGAAAACAGAGUAAUUUUCAUAAUUCUAAAAUAAGAGUAUGCUUGGCUAAUACUAAACAAACAAGCAAUUUCAUAAUUUGUUUCAUGAAAAAACUUGCUUCCCCAAUUUGAGUAAUUAUGAGAAACAGAAGUAAUUUGUCUGUAACAUCAAACUUUAAGUGAAUUGUUUAUCCUCUCAGUGGAACACUGUUGCCAGCGCAGAUAAUAAACAUUUGGAAACAGGUCCCUAUAGUACCAAGACCUAAAAAUCUUGUGACUGCUAGGAUAAGGAAACAAAUAGAGCCCAAACCCUCAAAUAAUGAAGAAUAAAAGUAUGAAAUGCUUAGAAAUACAGAUCUAUUUACAACCAGUUUUUUGCCUAUAUUGUCCCUGUAUGUGUCUGAUUGCUCCAAUUAUAGGACAGCUGUGCUUUGUGGUUUCCUGUCAGCCAAAUAAAAAAAUCCCUUUCUGAAGAUGCCAGAAACUGAAAUCUGUUGAAUUCACAAGGUAUUCUCCUGUAUUUUGUUGGUUACUAUGACAUUUGCCUGCUUAUUUUGAUGCUCUAUGUUUGACAAUAAAUACAUCCUUUAUGUUCCU